AUGACGAUGAUUGAAGAGGAUUUUGACAAAACUAUCAAAGUCAUCAUUGUGGGGAACGGAACGGUGGGCAAAUCCUCGCUCAUCACCCGCUUCGCCGACGGGACAUACACGACGGGCUACAAAAAAACGCUUGCUGUUGAUUUCAUUGAGAAACACCGGGCGAUUAAAAUGAAUGAUGGAAGCGAGGAAACGCUCACUUUCCUCCUUUGGGACACAGCAGGCCAGGAGGAAUACAACAGUAUUACCCGAGCCUACUACCGUGGAGCAGGCGCUGCAGUAAUUGUUUUCUCUACCACAGACCGAGCUAGCUUCAAUGCAGUCAAAGAAUGGCACAGGAAGAUUAAAGAAGAAUGUGGCGAGGCGAUAUGUGUACUUGUCCAAAACAAAAUUGAUUUGCUCGACCAAGCGGCGGUGACCCCAGCGGAAAUCGAAGAGUUGAGGCAGCAACUGAAUGUUCGACUCUUCCGGACAUCAGUGAAGGAAAAUAUAAGCAUCGACGACGUGUUCAACUACAUAGGAUGUGCGUACCUCGAUCCAACGCAGGAGGAGCCCGAACCCGUCAACGACAGUGCUCAGGAUGCGCCCACAAAGGUCACUCACUUGGACGCCCAGAAGAACUGUUUGCAGCAUCACCUCAAGCUCCGCCGCGAGGACGGGGCGUCGAAUGCGCGACAUGUAUCUCGUGUGGAACGAUUUUUCAAGAGAUGCGUGACGGAUUAA